UAUAAAUCCUUUCACAAUGCCUUCUCAUUGGCAAAUUUGCAAUUAGCACACAUCCUCGCCUGUUCAAUCAAUUCUUGAGGAUGGCUGAACGACCACGAUUUGACGUGCCAGACGGCAAAGCAGCCAGAGUCAGCAUCAUCGACUCCAGCUUAAGAUUGUCGGGUAUGCCGGUCACUCAUCUUAUGAAACCUGCGAUGAAAGGACUCGAUGCGAUGCCAACUUUGACGACAUGGUCAUUUCUUGUUGAAAGCCCUUCUGGAAAGAAAGCAAUCUUUGAUCUGGGUGUUCCGAAGGAGCCGUUGAAGAAUUUCUCGCCAAAGUACGCUGAUACAAUAAGAAGAAAUUCGAAUUGGGACGUGGAUGUUCCGAAAAAUGUCGCAGAAAUUCUUGCUGAGAAUAAUGUGCAGCCUUCAGAGAUUGACAGUGUGAUCUGGAGUCAUCACCAUUUUGAUCAUAUCGGAGAUAUCACAACCUUCCCUGGAUCAACUAACCUCAUCGUUGGGCCCGGAUUUAAGAAAGCCUUUUUACCUGGCUAUCCCGCUGACCCAGACUCUCCCGUGCGUGAAGUAGACUUUGAGGACAGAGAGCUGAAAGAGAUAAACUUCGACGACAAACCCCUUCAGAUUGGCCCAUUUCGUGCCUUUGACUUCUUCGGCGAUAGUUCAUUCUAUCUUCUUGAUACGCCAGGCCAUGAUAUUGGCCAUUUAGCAGGUCUUGCUCGUACAACUACCGGUCCCGAUACCUUCAUCUUCAUGGGAGGCGAUCUAUGCCAUCAUGGUGGCGAGCUACGUCCAUCAAAGUACCUACCAUACCCAUCAAAUCUCUCAGGGCAUCUAUCACUAUCCGAUUCUCUCCGUCUUCACCUCUCACAGUGCCCCGGAAGUGCUUUCGACAAUAUGAACGUCAAGCGUGGACGAGCCGCUGGUGAAACGUUCUUUGACCCAGCCAUUGGGUUCGACAAGGAACUCGCUAUAAAGACGAUCAAAGAGGCUCAGAAAGCAGAUGCUCAGGAUAAUAUCUUCUUCGUGUUUGCACAUGAUAUGACCAUGUUUGGUGUUAUUGAUACGUUCCCCAAGCAAGCGAAUGAUUGGAAGGAAAAGGGCUGGAAGGAGAAGACUCUGUGGAAAUUCCUGAACGAUUUCGAAGCGGCAUUGACAUCGUAGAAAGCCUGAUGCACCGGUUGUUGUCUCUUGGAACCUUGGAUAAAUACCACGCGUCUUUGAGCUCUCGGGCUCAGAAUCACUGAUCGCAUUGAUCAUUGAACCCCUUUAGC